AUGGCCGCCCGCUCCCUGCGGCGCUUCGGGACCGUCCUCUCCCUCGGCGGCGCGCCGCGGCGCGGCAGUUUGUAUUUCAGGGAGUCCCCCUGUGUUUUCAGCACUGCAGCUCAGCAGAGAAGUACAGGAGACGAGUGUGGCCCAGAAGAUCCCCGUGAUGAGCCCAAGCAUCCCCUUUCUGACUGUGCCUUAGAGCACAAAGCCAUCAAAUUGGAAGAACAAGUCCGGGAUUUAACUGAGCGAUACCGGAAAGCCUUGGCAGAUUCUGAGAAUGUCCGGAGGAGAACGCAGAAGUUUGUGGAAGAUGCCAAGCUCUUUGGGAUCCAGAGUUUCUGCAGGGACCUUGUGGAGGUAGCAGAUAUCUUGGAGAAGACUGCCGAGAGUGCCGCAGAAGAAGGGGAGCCUAGUAAUCCAAAUCCAACCCUGAAGAAAAUCUAUGAAGGCCUCUCUCUCAUAGAGGCCAAAUUGCAAAGUGUAUUUGCCAAACAUGGCCUUCAGAAGAUGAACCCUGUUGGUGGCAAGUAUGAUCCGUACGACCAUGAAAUAGUCUGCCAUGUACCAGCCGAGGGAAUGCAGCCAGGCACGAUAGCACUGGUGACUCAGGAUGGCUAUAAACUCCAUGGUCGCACUAUCAGACAUGCACUCGUCGGUGUGGCAGUAGAGUCACAGGAAUGACGUGGGCUUACCCAUUGGCAUCUGGGACCUUACUGAGCUGAGGACCCCUCAGCACUCAGUCACAACUGCAGCUGCAUGUCUUUACUUAUUUAUUAAGCUAGGUUUGUAUUGUAUGCUGGCUUCUUUAUAAUGUGUGCAGUCAUUUUGCCAUUAAUUCUAAGGUACUUGUAUAUUUAAUAAUCCUUUUUGGAGUAUGUGGAGUAGUACUAGGAGUCCUGCUAUUCGUCAGAAACGUGGCACUGUAGCCCCUUUCUCCAUUGCUCAUUUCUCCAUUAAGACUUGUAUGGAGAAGAGGGGAGAUACAGGAGAGAAAGGGAAAUUCUCUGAGAGCUAAGGAAUCUUGUCUCCCGGUUCCAUCUCCGAGACAGACUCCUGCAGUGGCCUUCCGGAAAGUAACUUCUCUGCCUCAGUUUCCAUAUCUGCAUUAAGAGAAUAUAAUAAUACUUACUGACCUACCUCACAGGGAUGUGGUGAGGCUUUUUCUUUGCAAAGCACUCAGAAGAGGAAAAGCCCAAAAGGCUGAGUAUUAUUAUCAGGCUGGUUUUGGUGUCUUCCCUUGUCCCCAGACCCCGCAGGUGGGGAUGAAGAUGAUCACUUGAAAUGACAUUUAGGGGCAGCUUUUUCUUAUGUCACUUCAGGAAAACAAUCCCAAAUAAAUGAAAUCUCUGUCAUACUGCAGUUGAAUAGGGAUGAGGUUUUAAAGGGAAUUCAGUUGUUAGGUCAGGCUAACAUGUUAAUAUUUGUUCUCCAGGUAAAGUUUCAGCUUUCCUCCUUGUUCCUAAAGGUAAAACAGGGAGUAGUGGUUCUUGGUGGAGCCAGAAAACUGUUCUCAAAUCUCUUUUCUCCAACCAAAAAGUAUAUUUUAGAGAGUAAUUUCUCUUCCCUGAUGGUAUUUGUGCAGCUUUCAAGCAUGAUAAACUAUAUGGUUUUUGUUGCAGCUGCUGGCAAAAUGGAGAUGUGCCCUUAAGCAGGAAAUCUGGACUGUUUUAUUUUCUCGGCUCUCCGAUAAUAGUACUUGGAUAACACUAACUUCCAGUUCACAUUCAGAUUCUACUUUUGCGUGGUCAUAAUAAAUAUUAAACUUUUUGGGUUUUGAUGCAAGGAGAAAAGUCUUUUCUACUAAAAGUCUCAAGUGCCCUUGAACCAAUUUUAGCAGCGGUGACAAGAAAGCAAGAGAAGCAGAAGGCUGAGGAAGUGAAAGCUGACCUCAAGCCGUCCUCUUAAUUGGAGGCACGUUGUUGUCACAGCAUGGCAUAUGUAUUUCCCAGUGGUCCUUUUGCCUGGGAGUCCAUUUAUCUCAGCUGAAAGGAGGCAGUCACUGAGUAAGAUCAGAAUUUAACCCUUUACAGAGCAGCAAGCAGUAUAAUGAUAGAAGAGUUAUAUAAACCAGCCUAUGGUCUGCACUACACAAAACCAAGGCAGGAAUGGUUGUUUUCAGGUUGUUUCUUACUGAUUCGUUAAUUCCUGCCUUUUUACUUUCUGGAAUUGGAUCCAUGGCCUGACAGUUACUUGAGAUCCACUUCCAAAAACUCUUUACUUAUGGUGGAUGCCAUCACUGGUUUGGAAGAAAGCUUAUUCUUCUCCCAUUCCUUUGCAGGCUUCAGUUGCAUAAUCCUUUUGUGGUGGACUUCAAGAUUACCGCAGCCUUCAAUUAGCAGCUAUCGACAGUCUUUCAUCUGGGGAGACUAUGUGCAGCUAGUUGGUUGUCAUUCCAGAAAUUUAAGGAAGAUGCACAUUUCCAAUAUGCUCCAUGCACGCUGCUUUAGUGAUAGCUGUAUGUGGGUGACUCGGUAGCGUAUACUUUUUGAAGUGCGGUUUUCUGCCUUUGCGUAGUUAGGUUUUCAGGCAGGUACUUGAGAUUUCAACCCUGAAACAGUGCUUCAUGGCAGCAUUAGGUCACUUUGGACAAACCUCUUGUUCAGUGCUCUUGUUUUAUCACGUUGUUGGAAAUUUCCGAGAUAUACAGGACUUCCUGUUCAUUGUUUUGCUGGUCUACAUGCUGACUGGGUUACCAGGUUACGCUGUUACUCAAGACAAAGAACAGGUAAAAUAUGAAACGUGGCAAUGCAAGUCUUGCUGUUCUGCCUCAAGACUGUCUGCAGGCUGUUCUGAGGAAACCGUGUCUUCAGCUGGAAGGAGCGGUUGGGUUCUCUGCUGCCUCUUCAGCCCCUGCUAUAUCAGCUGAGUCUUUUUGCAAUAUGAGGGAAGAGCGGGUUAUGGAAACUAACUUUGAAUGUGAAAAUUUAUUUAUAAGGAACUAAACAAAAGCAAAGGCAUUUUACACAAUAGGUAGUUUUCUGUCAUAGAAAGGCUGCAGCUUACCUGAGCCGGAUUUAAAAGUAGUGUGUGACCAGAAGUGAUGGGAUCCAAAUCCUCUUUAAACUGACCGACGGAGCCACUUGACUGUGAAAGUGUACUACAGCUACUUGGUCCACCUUCGGACUAUUUGCCAAGCCUGCCUGUCUCCUCAGCUAGUAUUCACCCAUUUUUGCCUUAAAGAAAGACCCUAAAAUGCACUCCAGACCUUUUGUCUGUACUAAGAGGUUACUGAUUCAGCUUGUAUAUCUGGGAUCCGCUUUCACUGAGGCACUGUUGUAUGGCUAGAGCAGGAAUCUGAGGGAUCCAGUUCCUGCACAGUCUUUCUCACCCUCCUACAGGCCCUGUUUAAUUUUGGGCAGGCUAUUUUCUGAGUUCAUGCCCCAGUUUUUUUCAAUCUAUGAAACUUCUACAGGAUCUUAUCAGGCUUUUAUGAUGAUUACUGUAAGAUGUACCCAUUGCUUAGAGACUCUUUUACAGAAGUUACCAAAGAGAUAAAUACUGUAGCUGUUGUUUGUCCCAGUUUCUACUUCCUUUGAAUGGUGAAGUGAAAAUGAAAUAACCAAACCUGGAUUCCAUCUCAGAAUCCAGAUUUCCUAGGCAAAAUUUGAUUCUCUUGCCUUCCAAGCACACUUAAUGAUCUCUUUUAUCAUGGAUGAGAUUGCGUAAGGGUGGAUUGAAUUUCUCCUUUGUAGGUUCUUGCUCCCUUGUCUGCCCUGUUUGUGUAAAGCUUGCACACUCAGCACAGUGGGGCAGAGUCCCCAUCGGUGCGGUUCUGUUGCACUCUGCAGUUGGACCAGAGAGGAGACCGACCCAUGAGCUUUUUCUCUCCAGUCACUUUAUUCAAUGACUAUUUAAUAAAACACAGGGGUACGUUAGCAGGGACGGACUAGCAGAGGAGAGGAAGUGUCGUGUACCUCUUAGUCAUUUCCACUCCGUUUGCCCAGCCAUGAACUGAAGAGCUCGAGCUGGGAAUGCAGACAACUAGGUAAGACGUGCAUGUGAUGGUGAUGUGUGGACCUGCCUUUCUGCUCUCGGGAAGUGGGCAGCCCCACGGAACGUGGGCGUUUGCCUUGUUCUGUGACCUUGCCGUACCCCGUCAGUGGGACGUAUUUGAGUUGAACUCCUGGACAAGUCUCCAGUGGCACUGUCUCAUGAGCGUGGCAGCAUCUUAACUCUGACCAGGAGCAGUGCAGAAUGUGAAUGUUGCUUUGUGAACCUUAAGUUCUCAGUGCUUCAUCAGCAGAGCUUCUGUUGAAAGAGACAGCUGUGAUAAAUCAAUAGGUAUUAGCAGUCCUUUAAUUUUUAAAAAAAUGUAUUUAAGUUUUAUAUUGUGAAUACUGUAGUAUUUUUUUAUUUUAAAACUUGAGAUGUUUUGAUAUUACUUGCAAAGUCAAAUGAACAAAGCGUUGCUAAUCUCCAAAAAUCUAAGUCCAUUUAGUUGGUGGGAAACCUGUAUAUAUUGUAUUUUUUUGUGUUUCUGUGCUCUUUGUUUACCCAAAGGUUCUGGCUGUAUGAAAGACAAAGACUGAAGUGUGGGAGUGGUGCAAGUAAUUGACAACAACAUUUGAGUUAAUGUUGGAAAGGGCUGAUUUCCUUUAGAUGUCCAGAUACUGUCCAUUUGCUAAUAAAA